UUUAAAGGGCAGAGUUGUAAAAACUCCCAGGCAGUGGGGAGUCGGAUUGCUUGACGACAGACUCCAAAAAAAUAAAUAACACAAUUACCCGAAGAACAAACAAGUAAUCCUAUUAAUGCAACCUAACUGGAAUAAUCCUUUCGACAACUGAAGCGGAAGCCCAACCCUGAGAGAAAAACACGGUCGUUUAAUGAGAUUUUCCAGCGGCUCAACAAGCGUUCCCUCGUCCGCCAGCACCGAUCGCUACUGCCUUGGAGGUUUUUACAGCACUCGACUAUAAAGACGGCACAGACGCACAGCUAUGCAGCUUGAAAUCCAAGUAGCGCUGAACUUCAUCAUUUCGUACCUGUACAACAAACUCCCACGACGACGAGUCAACAUAUUCGGCGAAGAGUUGGAGAGGCAGUUGAAGAAGAAAUACGAAGGACAUUGGUACCCAGACAAGCCAUAUAAAGGAUCCGGGUUCAGGUGCAUACACGUGGGCGAGAAAGUAGAUCCGGUCGUGGAGGAAGCAGCCAAAGAAAGCGGGUUGGACAUCGAAGACGUUCGGAACAACUUGCCUCAGGAUCUCAGCGUUUGGAUCGACCCUUUCGAGGUUUCCUACCAGAUCGGCGAGAAGGGAGCCGUCAAGGUGCUAUACGUGGACGACAACGGCGAAAACGGCUCCGAGCUGGACAAAGAAAUCAGAAACAGUUUUAACCCGGAGGCUCAGGUCUUCAUGCCAAUCACGGAUCCGGUGGGCGUGUCCUCCGAGUCGAGUUCGCCAUCACCGCCACCGUUCGGCCAAUCGGCAUCCGUCAGCCCGUCUUUCAUGCCACGAUCCAACCAGCCUUUGACGUUCACCACCGCGUCCUUCGCCGCCACCAAGUUCGGCUCCACUAAGAUGAAGAACGGCGGGCGUAACGGCGGGAAAGUCUCCCGCAACUCGCCCACCAAUCUCGGCCUGAACGUCAACAACCUAAUCAAGCAAAAAGCCAUUUCCAACUCCAUGCAUUCGCUCUAUGGAUUCGGCCUUGGAAGCUCGUCGGCUUUGUCUCCCAACGCGAAAGAGUUCGUGUUCCCGAACCUUCAAGGACAAGGGAGCUUCCCGAGCGAGAACGCCAUCAGCCCUCAGCCGUACAGCAACGCCUUCGACGUGUUCUCCGCGUACGGGAACGACAAGUCUCUCAUGGACGGCUUGAGCUUCAGUCUCGGGAACAUGCAGUAUUCCAACCAGCAAUUCCAGCCGGUCAUGGCUAACUAACUAGUGGAAGGAUUGUUGGCGAAAGGAAAACGUAAGGCAAAGACGCGCAACUGUGGAUGUGGAAGACCUCUACCGUUAGUCCGUGAUGAGCGCAUGAGCCCAAGGGUGUUUUGUUUUAUUUGAUUUGAUUUUUCUUCCUAAUCUCUUUUUAUGCCCCCUUGAGUUUGUACUGAAAGCUUGUUACACACACACAUACACACGGCUUGGUCAACACGCGUCAAUGUUUUCUUUUCCUUUUUCGCCAAUAACGCAAAAAAAAAAACAAAUUUUUUUUUACUACCUUUUGGAAGAAAAAAAUACUUUAAAACAUUGGUAAAAAAAAAAAAAAAAGAAGCAAAACCCAGAAGUUCAAGUUCUGGCCUCUUACAGUAUUUUAAAAGUUGGUUAAGACUUGGCUGAUUUUUAAGAAAUUGGCACUAAUGCAUAAAUAUAUCUGGGGUUACGUGGUCUUUUUUUCUAAUUGUAUAAUUUAAUUGAGUACAGAGUUUGUAAAAUAUCAGAGUAUAUAUAUUGUUUCUACAACACGGUAUUGCAUUUAUAUCUUUUUACUACUCCAGUGAUCUGUGAUGGCUGCAGAAGCUUUAUGUUAUAAUAUAUUUUUUUUUUUUUUUUGUCUUUCUUUUUUUAAAUUGUUAAAGAAAUUCAUCUUUAAAAAAAAAAAAAACUUCUAAAGAUCGUGUACAGAAUAUUCCUUAGUGUUGGAAUUUCAGUGUAGGAAUAUUUGCUUUUUUGAAACAAAAAGAGUUGUAUUUUCUGUUAAGAGUUAAACAGAUUUUUGCUAUAUUAUGGACAAUGUAAUCGUAUAUAUUAAUUUUGUACCUACAUUGUGCAAUACUUGAUAAAAUAUGGUAUAACAAAGUAUUUUGAGUCAGUGUCUUACAUGUCAAGAGGGACUGAAAUAGUUUAUAUUAAGUUUGUAUUAAAAUGCUUGAAAUAUGCUCGUCUUAUUUUUGUUUUUCUUUUUUUAUUUGACAUUUGCACCCUGGCCUUUUUCAAUAAAAGACAAUUUAGGCAAGAA